AUGCCUUCAACUGCUAUUGAACAACCCAUUACUAGUAACACUACUGUCACUACUGUCACCGCCCCAAAUGAAUCUCAUCAUAUUCUUUCCACUAAAAAAAUCCCAAUCUUAAAUAAUGAUAAAUUGAUGCACAACUUUAAUAUUCAACACUCACCAAACCAUAAACUUCAAAAACAUCUUCAUCAUAAUCAUAACCAUACUCAAAAUAAAAAUAUGCAGAUGGAUCCACGUUCUCCACUAAGUAUUCAAUUGCCUUACAAAGCUCACCCAACUGAUGUAUUGGUUAUUAGAUUUCAAAAUUGGAGAAGAAUUAUUAAAUCAAUCAUAAUAUAUUUCAAUGAAGUGGCUUCAAUUCAAGAUGAAAUUAUUAGACAACAAGCUAGAUUAUCUAAUGCAGUUCAAUUCCCAUCUUUAAAUUUUAAUAAUAAUGGUAUGGAUUUAAUGGAUUCAGAUAAUGAGGAUGAUCAUUUCGAUGAAGAUUCUGUGAGAGAAAAUUUAGCUUCAAAUUCAAUACCUCUACCAAAUAAUGAUGAUUUAUUCUUACCCGUAGGUAAUGGUUCGAUAAGUGAUUUACCAGGUAUCUUGAAUAAUUAUCAUAACAACGCAGCAGCACAUGCCUCCAAGAUUUCUAAAGAAUUGAGAAAUAACGUCAUUCCAAGAUUAACCGAAUUAAAAGAGGAUUUAUUGGUCAAAAUUAAAGAAAUCAAAUCCCUACAUUCAGAUUUUAAAAAUAAUUGUUCAAAUGAAAUUACAAAGACUUCACAUGAAUUGAAUAAAUUUAAUAAUUCCAUCAAAGAUAUCUAUAAUUAUUCUUCAACAACUUCAACAUCCCCUUCUUCAACAAGUUUAUCUUCUGAAAAUUCUAUUAAAUUAGAUCCUUAUUUAACAAAAUUCAUCUUGGAUAGACAAAUUGAAAGACAAUUAAAUGAAGAAAAUUAUUUAUUUAAUGCUUUUCAAAAUUUACAAUCUUCAGCUUCUCAAUUAGAAAAAGUCAUUAUGCAAGAAAUUCAAUCAGUCUUAUUUAGAUACGCUUCAUUAUUAACUGCAAAGGCAAACCUGAUUUUCAAUUCUUUAAUUAAAAAACUAGACGAAACUAUUAUUAAUAAAGAUCCUGAGUUUGAAUGGAAUAAUUUCAUUGAAAGAAAUGAUAAUUUGAUUUCAAACAAGAUUAAAAAAAGAUCUAUGGAUUCUAUUUUAUAUAAACAUCAAUUUAAUCCAAUGACUUAUGUGAUUCGUUCUGAUUUCUUGGAAAGAAAAUCAAAAUUUUUAAAAUCAUAUGCUCGUGGAUUUUUCAUUUUAACCCCAAAUUUUUUACAUGAAUUUAAAUCAAACGAUAGAAAUAAUGAUUUAACUCCAAUCAUGUCAAUACCUUUAAUGGAAUUAACUGUAACUGAACAUUCCAAGAAAAAUUCUUCCACUGCUGAAAAUCAAAAUAGUAACAAAUUUGUGAUUCAUUCUAAAAAUUCAAGUAAUUCAAUCAUAAAUAAAGGUCAUAAUUGGAUUUUAAAAGCUGAUUCAUAUGAAGUAAUGAUGCUAUGGUUCCAUGAUAUUAAAAAAUUAACUUCUUAUACUGAUCCAUUUGAAAAGGCUAGAUAUGUAAAGAGUUUAAUCAAAUCACGUCAAUUACCUACAUCUUCGUCAUCUGCCACUUUAACAACUUUAAAUACAAAUUUCAAACCAAACGUCAUGAACGUUAAUGAUGGGAAAGUUUCAAAUUCUUCUUCUUCAAAUACCAUAUUGGUAAAUAAGCCAAAUGAAUUUGCCAGCCCAGCUUUAAAUAUAAUUCCAAAUAACGUAAUAACUACAAGAAAUUCUUUGGAUCUUCCAAGAAAUCCAAGGAAAUCAAAUGAACUUUUAAGAAAUUCAAAUGAAAAUUCAAGAAAAUCUCUUGAUCUACCGACAACUUCAAGAAAAUCAACAGAUACUUUAAAGAGUAAUAAAAGACUAUCUAAUUCAUCCAAUUCCAUAAGUUCUUAUUCAAUUGCCAUAUCACGUUCAAAUUCAAGAUCGAUCAAUUUAUCAGAAACAACAACAAAAAACUCAUCUACUUCAAACUUUAAUUUAAAUAAUAAUUCAAAUAGUCAUUUACCAACACCCGAUUAUCAAGAUGAAAAUCAGGAUGAAGAUGAAGAUGAAGAUGACUUGGCUAAAAAUAUUACCGCAAUUUACGUGUCAACGGCACGUAACGAAUAA